GCGCCGCCGCCGCCGCCGCCGCUGCGCACCCUCUACCAGUGGCGCCAGAUCGACUUCGAGUUCCCGUCGGAGCUGGCGCGCCAGCAGAUGGCGGCCUCCGGCCGCUACGUGCGCCGCAACGCGCUCCCGCUGGGGCUCGACGUGUACGGCGACCGCAUCUUCGUGAGCGUGCCCCGCUGGAAGGACGGCAUCCCGGCCACGCUGGCCACCAUCCCCAGGGACCCGGCCAAGGCGGGCUCGCAGUCGCCGGCGCUUCGGCCGUACCCCAGCUGGGACUGGCACGGCCGCGAAGACUGCGUGGGCCUGACGUCGGUGUACCGCAUGCACGUCGACCCCUGCGGCCGGCUCUGGGUGCUCGACUCGGGCGUCACCAACGCCAUCGACAAGAUCCGCCAGCAGUGCGCCGCGCAGAUCUUCCUCUUCGACCUGCGCACCGACCAGCUCAUUAUGCGACACGUCAUCCCCUCCGACCAGUACAAGGAGGGCUCGCUGCUGUCCAACAUCGUGUCGGACGUGCGGGACGGGCAGUGCGAGGAUGCGUUCGCGUACGCCACGGACGUGUGGGGCUUCUCGGUGAUCGUGUUCAGCCUGCGCGAGCGCCGCUCCUGGUCGGUGUCGCACCCCUUCUUCUACCCGGACCCGCUGGCCGCCCGCUACCAGCUGCACGGCGUCUCCUUCCGGUGGACCGACGGCGUCUUCGGCCUGUCGCUCUCGCCCGCGCACUCGCGAACAGGAGACCGCACACUGUUCUUCCACCCGAUGUCGAGCUUCCGCGAGUUCGCAGUGCUGUCGUCCAUCCUGCGCAACGAGACGGCGGCCAAGAGCAGCGACGACGAGUUCCACCUGCUGGAGGAGCCGCGCGGACUCAGAGACGCGCACGCCUCCGCCUCGGCCAUGGACCGCCGCGGUGUCAUGUUCUACAACCUGGUCACCAGGGACGCCGUGGGAUGCUGGAACUCUGCACAGCCACAUGGUUACCGUAUGUCGCUGCAGGGCAUUGUGGCACAAGAUAAUGUGACGCUCAUUUUCCCUAAUGACCUCAAGGUGGAUCAUGAGCUGCGCCAGAACCUGUGGGUCCUCAGUAACCGUCUGCCACUCUUCCUCUACCGUGAGUUGGACCCCAACGACAUUAAUUUCCGCAUCAUGACGGGGUCUACAGACGAGCUGGUGCGUGGAACCGUGUGCGACCCCGACAUCACACUCAUUCCUGGACAAGGGGCACUCUCCCCCAGGAACCAGUUCUGCCCUGCCAAUGAGGUGCGAUGAUCAACUGCUGCCAAGCCUGGACACCCACGUCAAGCUGCUCUUUUGUUCAAGAUGCCUCUUGUAUAUGAGUCUGGAGCUUAAAGCUUGUCAUAAGUCACUAGUGUAAAACACACUUCUCAUCAAUUGCUGGUAAUCACUCAUUGUUCAUCUCUUCAAGAAACUGGGUGGAAUUCACAUCACUGAAAUGUAAUACUGCCAUAGAAAUGAGAACUGUGCUCUCUCUGGAAAGGCAAAAUGAUAAAGUUACUUCUUUCAAUACCCCACAAAUUUUUGAGCGUUUCCUUGUCUGUGAAGGCAAAGAUUAAACAAUUGUUACAGAAGGCAAAAGAAUGACUCAUUAUACUAAUUUUGUUUAACAGAACUUUCCUUCUUAUAUUGUAUAUAACAAACCAUGAAUAUUUGAUCGUGACAAUGAGGGCAUAUCUUAAGCAAACUGAUGAUACUGUUCCUGGAUUUAUCAUCUUCCUUGAACCUUAUUAUACUUGUAUUUUCAUCCUUGGCUGAAACAUUAUUUGUAGUCCAAAAUCCAAUAUUAAUGUGAAUUCCCUCAAGACUGAACACAAAUUAAUCUAUCCUUCAUGUUCUCACACUUAUUAUUUUAUCGAGUUCUCACAACCAUUAAAUGAAAGCCAGUGACAAUGGGCAUUUCCUUUUCUCAUUUCUUUUCUUUGAAGUAUUUUAAUUGCCCC